AUGCAAGAUGAGAAGCCGCCCCAUAGAGUGUUCGUCAAGCACCUCUACAUGUCGACCACAGAGCACGACAUGGUGGAGCAGAUGAACUAUCUGAAUGCUACGGAGGGAUUAUACAAUGUGUACCUGGUGAAGCGUGGGCAAUAUGAUGGAAACAAAAGCAUCAACGCCUUCCUGAGCUACCAGACAGAGGACCAAUGCCGGGCAGCGAUAGAAAUCCUGAAUGGAUCCUACCUGAAUGGACUGGCAAAGUACCCCUUAGAAGUGGACUUUGCAGUUCCUCGCAAGACUGGCAGGAGGUACUAUGCUCAGCCCCCGGAGCAGCUGGAGCACACAGCAGAGUUUGCAGAGGGCAACUGGCAGCAGCACCACCCGCAGUCCCAGGACGAUGAGCAGAACCAGAUGGACAACAAGGAGCCUGAUCUACGACAACCUCAAACACCACCAAAGGCUUCAGAGAAGACACCGCCUAUGGCUCCUGCGAUGCCACCCAUGCAUCACUUACCACCUCGACUGCCUCUGCCGCCUUUGCCGCCUGUGCCGCCCUUGGCACCUCCCAGGUAUCCUCUGAUGGUGCCACAUGGGUACCCGGUGCCACCGCCAAUGCUGCCAAUGGGAUACAUGUUCCCACCACCACCUCCUGUUUGGGUGCCGCCACCAUGGGCCAUCCCCGAAGACUGGAGUGGAAGUGCGAAAAGCAAAGCAAUGGGAAGCAAGGUCCCUAAAGCUGAACCUGAAGGUGACAGCGGCGAAGGGGAUGAGGAGUUACAGACCUGGUUACAGGACAACCUGAAGGACAAAGUGUGGGACGAUGGGUAUGGGUCAGUGGAGGCUGCAGAGUCCUACAUGCUGGAGAAGACCAUCAAGGACAAGAAGCAGAAGGCCGACAAGACAAAGGACAAAAAAAAGGAUGCCAAAGAGAAAUCAGAAAAAAAGGCGGCAAAGGACAAGGACAAGGACAAAGAUCAGAAGAAGAAGGCGAGCAGAUCGAGGAGCCGAUCAAAAACCAAAAAGGAGAAAAAAACCAAAUGA